GGCUGCUAGGAGGUGGGUCAUCGUUGUUGCUGACAACUACAGCGUCCGACGACAAAAUGUUCGAUGAUCCUGCAACUGUAGUAGAUGAUAUGGACUCUAGUACUAGAACUAGUACCAACUCCAGACUUUCUACCUUAGCUCAUCAACAACAUCACCUACAGCACAGAGAUGAACCUCCUCAAACACAACAUCAAGAUGAACAGGAGUAUGGACAGACACAAGGUUCUUCUGUAGACGAGAGACAAAGUGUAGUGCAGGAAGAGCCUACUGCAUCAAAAGAUAAUGCUUACGGUCAGGCUGACAGUAACGAGCAGGGGCAGGAGCAGGAAGCCGUAGUACGCGAUCAAGAAGAGCAAGAGGCGGUGGCGGAGGAUACCAAUCAUAACAACAAUUCCGAAGAGGACAAAUCCCCCUUGCUAUCAUUAAGGCUCCCAGUGUUUCAACAUCUCAAGAAGCAUCAUCUCUGACUCUUUUCUCACAGGAGAAUGCGUCAAAAAUGAUAAGAAAGAUGCUUUUAAAGAUGAAUAGAAGUCACAAACACAAGGUCUAACAUCAACAGCAAGCAGGAGCGAAGAGCAAGAGGGCUCAGCAGGACGAAGCGCUCCUUUAGGGACUAAUGUGAAGGCAACGGCCACGGCUGGCACUGGUAAGGUUUCUGGCUCAGCCUCUGCCACCUCUAGACGCCUAAAGGGCUCUGCUUCUGCGGCGAAAGGCAAAAGCGUCUCGACGCGAACGUCAAAGGACGAGAAGAAU